GUUCGGAUAAAUAGGUUUUUUGUUGCUUUUCUUAAAAAUCUAGUUAUCUUAAAUUCUCGGGUCUUUCUUGUUUAGAUUAGAAGUAAGACGGUACUGAUUAUUCAUUAUAUGUUUCGGCUCCAAGAAUCAAGUUCCAAUUUAAUGAUCAGCUUAAUCUUUUAAAGAUCUUUUGAUGAACUUUGAAAUUUGUCAUAUGUUCAUUGGUCGUUUAUCCAUUUUCUAUACAGAAGGGUCAAGAUAAAUUUUUAUCGUUGCAAAGUCCUAUAUUUUGAAAAUAGUUGGUCAGAUUAUUAUCUUGAAGGCAAUAAUUUUAUUAAAAUCAGGAUUCUAUAUUGAAUGAUAGGUUAUAUACAAUAUCUGAAGGCUUUUAGAUCUUUAAUGGGGAAAAGAUUGUACUCUUUACUAUUAAGGUUCAAGAAAGGAACAUUUUUAUUUCUCAAUGUUAGGAUGAGACCAGAGGAUCGAUUUCUUUUAGUACAUUUAGGAACGUAUUUCUAUCCACUAUAACAGCCAGCAUACCAGAGAUAUUUUAGUACGAGAAAAGUGUGUGGUUAAAUUUAUUCCAAAGUGUUCUUUAAAUCUAUUAUAAGAAGAUGACCACGCACCAGUUUGAUCCUGACAUUGUUCGGUGGGGCCAUCACCUUAUAGAUUGCUCUCCAAUGCGUGGUGGUUCUCCUAAGAUUAUUACUUGUUAUGACAUGGACAUGUCUCGAAUUUAUUAUGUGGAGGAAGGUUAUUGUGACACAACAGAAUCCGUUGUGGAGAAUGAUGAAGUAAUUGCUCAUGCUCUUCAGGAAGAGUUAGCAAGACUUAGAACUACUGAGGAAUCCAGAUUUACAUGUGCUGAAGAUCAAGAUCAGCAAGAGUCUGUUUUUUCUCAGGAUUGGUCUGAUACUUCAAGAAGGCAAUUUUAUUAUGAUUACAAUAGUAACCAAGAAUCCACCCUUGAUAGUGAAUUAGGAAGAAGACUGAAUGAGAUGAUUCCAGUACCUCAUGUUCCUAAAAUUAAUGGAGAAAUUCCGUCAGCUGAUGAUGCCAUGUCAGAUCAUGAAAGGAUGCUCGCCAGAUUGGAGUUAUAUGACCUGGUUGAACGAGAAAUUUCAGGGGAUGGUAAUUGCCAGUUUCGUUCAUUAUCAGAUCAAAUAUAUCGUACUCCCAAGCAUCAUAAAUUAGUGAGAGAACAAGUUUUGUACCAGCUGAUGUCCUAUCGAGAGCUGUAUGAAAAUUAUGUUCCAAUGGCUUAUGACGACUACUUGAAGAAAAUGAGCAAGACAGGCGAAUGGGGGGAUCAUGUCACAUUGCAGGCUGCUGCAGACACUUAUGGCGUCAAAAUAUUUGUCAUUACGUCGUUUAGGGAUACCUGCUAUAUUGAGAUUCUUCCAAAUACUCUGAAGUCAAACAGAAUGAUAUUUUUGAGCUUCUGGGCGGAAGUGCACUAUAACUCUAUUUAUCCGCGAGAAGAAUAUCUUAGAGGAGGAAAUGCCGAUGAAGGCAAGGGGAGUUUUACCUCUAAAAGGAGAGAGAGAGUCAGUUUGGUAGAGAGUGAAAGUAAAGGCACAUCUUAUAUGGAAUAUUCGGAAGGUAAUGGGCGUUUAAUUGGUUGGAUUCAGUUUGUAUUCCUUAAUAUUGCUUCUGUUUUGCAGAAUUUCCUGUAUUGGGGAGCAAGAAAAAGAAGAAGUGGUGGAAAGCCUGAUUAUUAGCUUGUUUUGUGCAUGCAGUUCUGAUGUAAUUCAUACAUUUAUUCUUUUAUUAAAUGUUGAUAUACAUAUUUUUUAGUACAUUUUUGAACUUUGCAACUUUCAAGAUUCAAGUAGGCAGUAUAUUUUUCUUAGUUUUCAA